CUACUCAGGAGGCUGAGGCAGGAGAAUUGCUUGAACUUGGGAGGUGGAGGUUGCAAUGAGCCUAGAUCUCGCCGCUGCACUCCAGCCUGGGCGACAGAGCGAGACUCCAAAAAAAAAAAAAAAAAAAAAAAGGUGGUUCCGCGUGACUGAACAGGUUCUGUAGGGCCUUUGGGAAUAGUGACACGCAGGGUACAUUGUGCAUAAUAUAACUUCAGGACUAAGUGCUAUGAAGAAAAUAAAACUGGACCGGGCGCGGUGGCUCACGCCUGUAAUCCCAGCAUUUUGGGAGGCCGAAGCAGUCGGAUCAUGAGGUCAGGAGUUCAAGACCAGCCUGACCAACACGGUGAAACCCUGUCUCUACUAAAAAUACAAAACUUAGGUGGGUGUGAUGGCGCGCUCCUUUAAUCCCAGCUACUCAGGAGGCUGAAGUAAGAUACUUGCUUGAACCAGGGAGGCAGAGGUUGCAGUGAGCCGAGAUCGCCCCACUGCACUCCAGCCUGGGCAACAGAGCGAGACUCUCUCAAAAAAAGAAAAGAAAACUGGGUGAUGUGGAAAAUAAUGUACACAGAAGGCCUCACUGAAGGGGUGGCAUUUGAGCUCACUGACAAGACAGGGCUGGCCACAGGGCUAUCUGGGAGCAGAGCAUUCCAGGAGGGAACAGCCACCGCCAAGCCCCUGAGGUGGUAACAAGCUUGUUGACUUUAAGGAACAUCAGGGAGGCCAGUGUGAGACAACGGAGUGACAGGUUUGAGGUGUGUAGGAAGUAGAGCCCACAGUCUUGCUUUGCCCCCACUGGGAAGGAAGGGCACAGGGAUCCAACCACAGAGAGAAAGCUGGAAGCUGGACCACCUCCUCCUUUCAAGGUAAGCAGUGAUGCGCAUCCUUACACAACCUUAUGGGACCUGUCUGCCCUUGUGGAGAUGGGAGCAGGGGAAGACCAAAACCGUGGAUUGUGCUAAAUGUUCCAGAUGUUGUUCUCAGUGUACACUGCCAGGGAGGAGCCACUGUUAUUCCGACUUUACACAUGAGCAAACUGAGUUCAGAGAGGGGAGACCCUUUACCUAAGGUUGCAAGCUUAGUAACAAAUGAACCAGCCUCCAACCUAGGUCCACCCACUGGCCAGCAUGGGUGCUGUUGGUGUAUCUGCCCACUUGUGAAGCUAUCAGAGCCCUCAUGGCAUUGGGAUUCAGUUGUCCAUCACCCUCUAUAAGACACACACAACAACAGCAUUGUGUGCUAGCAGGUCAUGCAGUGGAGGCUGCUGUGUUUGCUGGGAGGAGAGAUGACUGGGCUGUGGGUAGGAGUCUGCAGGGGUAGAGGGGUGGCCAAAUAGAGAUGCACAGGCUUCCUUUGUCUGUCUUGGCUGCCACAUGGGGCCUUGCUGAGCCUGGAGUGGCCAUUCUGGGUGUAUGGGGGAGGUGUGUUUCCCCUUGAAGGUCCCUGGGCACCUGGACUAGUGGAGGCAGGCUCCUGGCUGGCUCCCUCACCAGGUAGAUAGUUCAGGCUGGCCCACGUGGAUCACUCUGCCCCUUCCCAUGGCUGAGGGCUGCCCCCUCUAAAUAUAGCCCAGUGGGCUGAGCUCAGGCCUAUUUUAGGCCAAGGCUGGGAGGCAGCCAGGCCUUCCCUGGGCUCUCAAAGGAGCCACUGCUGCCUUUGUCCAGUCCUGCUACUGGAUGCCAUCAUUGGCCCCCGACUGCCCACUGCUUGCCAUGCCUGAGGAGACCCAAGAAGACUCCGUGGCGCCAAUGAUGCCCAGCCAGAGGAGCAGGGUGCCAUUGGCCCCCAACCACGUGCAUGAGGUAUGCCUGCACCAGGUGGAGUCCAUCAGCGACCUACAUAGUGGAGCAGGCACACUGCGCCCCUAUCUAACUGAAGAGGCACGGCCGUGGGAUGAACUGCUGGGCGUUUUGCCGCCGUCACUGUGUGCCCAGGCUGGCUGCAGCCCUGUGUACAGACGAGGAGGGUUCCUGCUGCUGCUUGCGCUGCUGGUGCUCACUUGCCUGGCGCUCACACUCCUGGCUGUCUACCUGAGCGUGCUGCAGAGUGAAUCCCUGCGCAUUCUGGCACACACGCUCCGCACGCAGGAGGAGACACUACUCAAACUCCGCUUGGCCAGCCUCAGCCAGCUUCGGAGGCUCAACUCCAGUGAGGCCCAAGCACCCAGCUGAGAUGCCAUUUGGAUCUGGGGCCUGGGGGGUGUGUGUGUGUGGGGGGAAUAAAGUGGCUAUGGGCAGGUCUCUCCUUCCCUCCUGCUGGCUGCCACAUCUACACUGUUUCCUUGGUGAGAUUUUUGUACAAGAACCUGUUGUUAACUUAAUGGCUUCCUGCCUCUCCUGAUCUCUUCAAGCCAGGCCUAGCCAAGCCUCUGGUGCCAAAGCCUCGCUUUGGGUGGCCCAAGGUCAGGGGAAGGGGCACCAGCCUCCUGGCUCUUCCUGUGGCCUGUCAACACUCUCUGGCCACCCCAGAUGGCAGGUUCUGAAGUCUAGAAAUAGCUGCCCCCAUAGCAAUCACCCAAACUCUGCCAGGCCUCCCAGUGAGGGUCCAGCCUCAGCUCUCAAAGACAGGCUGGGCUCUGAGUAGGGGGAGAGGCGCCACCUGGGGAAGACUGCCUUGGAGGGCAAAGGUGACAUCGUGGAAGACCAGUUGGGUCCAAGCCUGGGAUAGUAGAUGGGGAGGGAGAACAGAAAAAUACCCAGGGGUUAAGACCACAGAAGGCUGACUGUUCUGUUUAAUUAUCUGUAAUAAUCCUUAAAAAUCAGCACACAAAUCCAUUCCAGGUAGCUUUGCCUCCCCACCUGCUGUGGUGGCAUUUGUCCAGAUGCCACCACCCCCCCUAAGAGUGGGUCAUCCUGGGGGAGCAAGGCCUGAGAAAGGAAAGGAAGGGAAAGGCCCCCUAGUGCCUGCCCCACAGCCCUGAGGCAGGCACAUAUUUAGCCUGGCCUGAGACAGGACAGGAAGGGGCCACAGGGCUGAGUGCAGGGACAAAGGGGCCAAGGUCCCAAGUGUCCGGGCCCCCAGCUACCCACCCCAUGUCUGUUUUUGGU